CACAUCCCAACAAAGCUCCUCUUACACGCUCUCGCUGUUUCUCUCUAUCUGUCUCUCUCUCUGAGCUAGCUAAGCUGCUCUUCUCAGCUUCUAGGGUUUCUUUUCUUUUCCUUCUCCUUUACCAGGGAGCUGAAACGUCACCAAAACCUUCUUCUUAAUCGUGCACAUUUUACCUUUUAAUCUCCACAUUUCACCUCCAUUAUCGCUUUGUAUCUUCAAACGAAAUCCAAGCCCCUCCACACCACCAAUACCAAUCGAUUCAUGGCCAAAACCAAACCUGGCAAAAAGGACCUUGAUUCCUACACUAUCAAAGGCACCAACAAAGUUGUUCGACCUGGUGACUGUGUGUUGAUGCGCCCAUCGGACUCCGAUAAGCCUCCCUACGUGGCGCGUGUUGAGAAAAUUGAGGCCGAUCAUCGCAAUAACGUCAAAGUCCGGGUCAGAUGGUACUAUAGGCCUGAGGAGUCAAUCGGUGGCCGCCGUCAAUUCCAUGGGGCGAAAGAGCUCUUCUUAUCGGACCAUUACGAUGUGCAAAGUGCACACACAAUUGAAGGCAAGUGCAUAGUGCAUUCCUUCAAGAACUACACUAAGCUUGAAAAUGUUGGAGCUGAGGAUUACUUUUGUAGAUUCGAAUACAAGGCUGCAACUGGCGGGUUCACCCCUGACCGCGUAGCUGUGUACUGUAAAUGUGAGAUGCCAUACAAUCCAGAUGAUCUAAUGGUGCAGUGCGAGGGUUGCAAAGAUUGGUUUCAUCCUUCUUGUAUGGGUAUGACAAUUGAAGAAGCCAAAAAAUUGGAUCACUUUCUUUGUUCUGACUGUUCCUCUGAUGAUGAUGCCAAAAGAUCAUUGAAUGCAUUCCCAGUAUCACCAUCUGUUGAGGCCAAGGAAUGUGUUGAUUUCUCAACCUUGGUGCUUAAGAGAGCUUUUUCACUGUGCAAUCAAAGUUUUAUUUUGUCACCUAUAGGGAUGUAACUAAUGGUGGAGACAAAGAGAAGGAAGAGAUGACUGAUAAUUGUGAUGUGUGACAGGGAGGUACUUUUCUUGCAAAUUAGCUCCAGUAUCUUCUUGUUGCCCUGUAGUUGAAUUGUACAGUCCUGAGAAGAUGCUAUAUUUGCACAAACGAGAGGCUUUAUUAUUAUUUAUCAUUUGCUAGUGUUUGUACGUGUGAAUGGACUUUGAUGGUCUUUUAUCCCCAGUGAUAUCCUCAAGGGUACUGUUCCAAAAACUGCAGUAUCUUAUUUAUGCGCCCAUGAUGAUAAAAACAAACUAAACAUCUAGAACACCUUGGGUUUAUUGUGA